UGUUUCUCCUUAGUGAAUUGAGCGAUUUUAGGUGAGAAAUUCGAAGAGCAAAAAUGGCUUGGUGCGCCGCCGCAAGAGGUCUACAUUUUCCUGCUAACAACGUCAUUUCACUACAUACUCGAUCUCCGGUCGUUGUCGGCGGCGGCCUUGGUUUCGCAUCGAUUGCUGGCUCGAGCAUCCUCCGAUGGUCUCCUACCUCCGUUCAAUCGAAGCCAUUUGCUUCCCUAAACAUUUCAACAGAUGCCAGUUUAAAGGAGGCUGUUAAAACAGAGAAGGCUCCUGCAGCUUUAGGACCAUAUUCACAGGCCAUCAAAGCCAAUAACUUUCUUUUUGUCUCUGGUGUACUUGGUCUCAUUCCAGAGACUGGGAAGUUUGUUUCUGAAGGCAUAGAGGAACAAACAGAACAGGUGAUGAAGAACAUGGGGGAGAUACUGAAAGCAGGUGGCGCAGACUAUUCCUCUGUAGUUAAAACUACAAUUAUGUUGGCGGACUUGAAUGAUUUCAAAAAAGUUAAUGAAAUCUAUGCUAAAUAUUUCCCCUCUCCUGCACCUGCACGAUCAACAUAUCAAGUAGCGGCAUUGCCACUGAAUGCCAGAAUUGAGAUUGAGUGUAUAGCAGCACUCUAAAAGUUGUCUCUAAAUCUAUGAGAAUAACUUUGACUCAUCAAUAAGGUGGAAACUAGUAAGUUUAAAUAGUUGAGUGUCCAUAAGAUCAAAUGCGCUUAACUUAUCGGGAGAAGCUAGUGUCUAUAAGAUCCAAUGAGCUUUAGGACUCGGGGGCUUCUGUUUGCCAGUUAUCUGCAUUGUCAGUUAUUUGUGUGAAUUUUAACAUUUGAAGUGAUUUUGUAAAAGACUUGGAGUUAGAUAUGGCAACUUCAAUCCACUCCGAAGGUUGAGGCUUAUUUGAAAACACUUUUUUUUU